AUGGCCCGAGUUUGCAAGGCAACCGGUCCUACCCGGAAGGGAGCGACCGAAACGGUGCCGGAGGAGCGAGUGGAAGAAGAAACGCCCUUUGAGGCCGUUGAGUCGCCGUCCAAGGACAGUGACAAUGAGACGCAACCAUCGUCCAUGGGCGAUGACAAUGACUCACAGUCUGAGAUCGAGUCGUACAAGAUUGAUACCGACAUUGAUUUCAAGUACAACCCAAACUUUUUUGAGGACAAGAAAGCCCUUGAAAGUGUUCUAAGGAAUACUAUGGGAUUUGGAGAUAUCCAUGUGAAGUCACUCCAAAACGAAGGUUUGAAGACCGCAAAUGAUUUCUUGCUUAUUUCUAUGAGUGACAUCAAUGAUCUUUGCGACAAGCUUUUGUUUGCAACAGUUUACAGGGCUCGCCUACGGGCAUCUGCUACAUGGUUACGUAGUCAACCCGACAACGUAAAUAUUACCCAAGAAUGGACAAUUCCAGUUAUGCAAUUGGAAAUGCAGAUGAAGGCGCAAGCGUCUCCAUUUGGAAUCUCCGAGACCAACAAAACAGACAAUCAGUUCGCAAUUCAAACAUCUUUUUUUAUGCUCAAGUCGCUCACAAGCGGCGGAGAUGCAUGGGGCCUUAUCGAACCUUACGAGGUUUCAAAAAAUGGCCGUCAUGCCUGGAUCGCCUUGUGUGCAUUCUAUGAAGGGGCCAGUCAGGUGGGCUUAACCACAGAAGAAGCUCGCACUACAAUUCUGACAUUGAAGUAUACCGGACAAUCCCGGAACUUCACUUUUACCAAGUAUGUUCAAAAGCAUCAUACUGGUAACAACAUAUUGGCUCGCAACAAAGAGGCCUACACGGACUCACAGAAAACAAACUUUUUCCUACGGGGAAUUGUUGAUCCUGAACUUAUGGCAUUCAAGGCAGCUGCUGAAGCUAACCUAAAUGAAUGGAAGUUCGAAUGCGUUAUCACGUACAUGCGUACUCAAGCCGCCAAGCUCACGAGCAAGGACGGUAAGGAUUCCCGAAACAUUCGUCAGGCUACAGGCUUGUCGAAAAACAGGAACAACAAAAACAACCGGCGCAAGCGCUCGGAAUACCAAAGCCAAGGCAAAGGUAACAAAGAGUCGGGCAAAGGAAACAAUGCUCCUAGUACUCAACUCCGCAAGGACAUCUGGGAUGAAUUGUCUCCCGGGAUAAAGGAUGCCAUCAAAGCGGCAAAGCGUAGAGCGUCUACGGACCCGCGCACGGCUAAAAGAGCCAAGACUAGUAGUAUGGAUAACUCAAACGCAAGCAUUCGGCACGCCGGACAUCAGACUGAUGACAUUCCGAAGUUUUUAUCCCAAGGGAAAUCUCUUCACGGAAUUGAAACAAUUGAUGGCAACUACAUUCUUUUUGAAUUGAAGGGACGCACAUCAUUGUUGUACUCACGAGUACCUACUCGCCAUGAGCUUGAGAACUGCCUGCACAUUGAUCUUACAUCUGAUCAACCCUGGGAUCCAAACAGCAAAGACUGGGAGGAUAAUGAGCAGCGCUACACGCGUCAUGACCGACAACGGAAUGCACGCUAUACCGCAACUGAUAAUGCGGAUGAGGAGAACUUUUACCAUGGGUAUUUCUCUCUCCCUGACUCUAAGGAGUUCCCGGUUCUACCGGCAAACAAUAAUGUUAUGAACCCACAUGAUUUCGUACGCGAGAUCAAAUAUGCUACUGCACGGGUUUCAAAAUCUAGCCCACGGGAUCUAGAUGUCGAUCGAGACAAACUUCGCCGCAUCCUGGGACAUGUUCCUAUGGAAGUAGUUGACCAAACACUGGAAGCUACAACACAACUUGCGGAACGCUCUGGCAAAAUGCCACUGCAUCGACGUUUUAAAACGAAGUUUGAACAAUUGCGAUACCGCCGGUUGAAGUGUACGUUAUAUAGCGACACUUUCAAAACUACUGUUAAAUCCUCCCGAGGACACACGCAUACCCAAGGGUUUGUAUGUGGUGAUUCUUACUUUGUAUACCACUUUCUUAUGAAAGCGGAAUCCGAAGCAGACCAAGGUCUUGCGUCAAUUAUACAAGAUAUAGGAAUUCCGGCACAAAUUCACACCGACAACGCAAAAGUGGAAACCUUAAGCAAAUGGAAGAAAAUCACUUCCGGUCACUGGAUAAAAGUCACAGUCACGGAACCAUACUCACCGUGGCAAAACCGUUGCGAACACGAAUUCGGUGCGGUUCGGAUCCAGACACGACUUGUUAUGGAAACGACACAAUGUCCAGAACAGCUUUGGGACUACGCGAUUACCUACGUGGUAAUUGUGCGUAAUAAUACCGCUCGCAAAGCCUUAAAUUGGCAAACGCCCUUAACGGUUAUGACAGGUGACACGAGCGAUAUUUCAGAAUUGUUGGAUUUCGAGUUCUACGAACCGGUACAAUAUUUUGACAAUCCUGAAAUUAAAUACCAACAAGCUAAGGCUAAAGUUGGUCGGUGGCUUGGUAUUGCAACAAAUGUUGGACAAGCUAUGUGCUACUAUGUCCUAACAGACAAAGGAACCGUGAUAACGCGUUCCACAGUCACACCACUUCACAAAGUUGAUUUGACUGCUUUGCAAACCUCUCUUACAGCUUUUGAUGCUAUGAUAAGGGAGAUUUAUCAGCCUACUGAUUUUGCUCACAGCACUAAAAAGCAAGCUGCCUCGUUACGACGAGAUGAAGCAAUGAAGGUUGCCAGAAAAACUGGUGAACCUGAAGAUCCAGGAGUCCGUAACAGACAUGUUCUGUAUGACUUAAAUGAGGGAGCCGACCAUGACCAAGUGGAACCAGGACUAUCAGUUGAUGAUUACUACGGUAACGACGACGAAAAAGAGUCUGGUUCGUCGGAUCUCCUUGUCGGCAGCGAAGUACUCCUUACUAAGGGAGGUAUACAACAUCUAGGCAAAGUCACCAAGCGUGAUAAAAAUGGCCAGCCCAAGGGCUCAAACGAAACAACCAAUUAUGUUGUCGAGUUCAAUGAUGGUACUGAAGAGAUUCAUGGAUACAAUGCUCUGCUUGACGCUGUGUAUAAGCAAGUUGAUGAUGAUGGUAAUGAAUGGUAUACUUUUGAAGAUAUUGUUGACCAUCAAAGGCGCCCACGUGGCGGCCGAGGACGAACGAAAGGUUGGUUCCUCCGUGUUAAAUGGGCCAAUGGUGAAUACACCUGGGAGCCUCUUACCUCUUUAAAGGAAAGCAAUCCUUACCCAGUUGCAAAAUAUGCAGCGUCAAUGAAUUAA